AUGAGUUACUCCAAGCAUGAAGAUGGAGAAGUUGGAAUGAGUCUGCUUAACGAGUCAUCCCCUCGGGGUUCGACCUCCUCCCGGGCCGCAGACGACCUGGAAGCCAAUAACAAAGAGAUGGUCAAUACCACUCCUAUAGAGCUGGAGUACCAAACUCCCAUUACUGUCAAAUAUGGAUGGCUGUGUGCUCUAUUGCUUUUUGGCAUGUUGUUAACGGUCCACAAUAAGUUCAUUCUGGAGAAGUUCCCAUGCCCAUGGCUCUUAACUGGAAUCCAUAGCAUAUUCUCCGGAUUAGGAACACUUCUACUCCUCAAGCUCGGAUACUUCAAAUUAUCGAAACUCUCCAACCGCGACCACCUGAUCCUGAUCGCUUACUCGGUGCUCUUCAGCGUCAACAUCUUCUUUUCCAACUAUUCACUUUCCCUUGUCAGCCUUGCAUUCUUCCAAAUCGUUCGCAAUACAUCGCCUAUUUUCACUGUCCUUAUGGAGCGGAUCUUAUUCGCUCGUUCCUACUCUAUGGCUACUUACAUCGCCCUGGUACCAAUCGUUCUCGGUGCCGCCAUCACUGCCACUGGUGAUUUCAAGUUUACCAUCUUUGGCUCGAUCGUCUCCAUAAUCGGUGUUCUCUUGGGCGUUCUUAAGAUUAUUGUCACCAACCGUCUGAUGACUGGAUCCCUUGCGCUCCCCUCAUUGGAACUGAUUUACCGAAUGUCCAUUUACGCCUCUAUCCAAACAAUCGUCAUUGGGAUCUAUGCUGGUGAACUUUCCAACCUGGACCCAUCAACAUUCUGGAAUACCGAAGGCGAAUCAGUUCUACCAAUUACGUCCACCACAUGGGCGCUGUUCGGAAACGGCCUGUUGGCCUUUUUCCUGAACAUUUCAUCUUUCCAAGCAAACAAGGUUGCAGGCUCUCUGGCUAUCACAGUCUGGGGAAACGUCCGCCAGACUUUGACUCUAAUUCUGGGCAUUCUGUUCCUGGGAGACUUCGACUUGAAUCUGCAAACUGGGGCAGGAAUCAUCCUUGUGGUGGUUGGCUGUGCGUUCUACAGUAAAACGGAGCUGGACUCCAAAAAAAAGGACAAUAGAGGGUAA